UAGAGAGGGAUAGGGACUAGUGAGAGAGAGAGAGAGAGAGAGAUGGAGAGGAGAGGAGAGGUGGGCACUUUAUUACCUUUUUCAUGAUGCACGCAUCCAUGGCAGAGCAGCGAAGAGAAGGGGCUCAGAGUACUACUGCUACGACACAACUACAACAACAUCAAUAACAACAACUACAAGGGUAGAAGUAGAAGGAGAAGAAGAAUUGAUAGAUUGGAAAGAAGAAACAACAACCCAGUAAUACCAAGAUUCAACCACCAGACCAGAAGAGGCCCCUAUUGAGAGAUAAAGACAGAGAGAGAGAGAUAGAAAGGAAACAACUUUGUUGAAAAGAGAGAGAGAGAAGGAGAUGAUGGAGCUGAAAUGGAGUUAGGCAAAGGAAUAUCGGAUAGAGAUGAUAACAAAACUAGUGAGGAGGAAGAGAAAGAACUGAAAAUGGGUUUUGUUUAAAGGCAUGAUGGCAUGCAAGGAGCGAUGGUGGGUUUGAAGCUGAUUAGAAAGACAGAGUUUGUUUCUCGGAAGAAAUCCACUUUCAACCCAGUUGAGCUUAUUAUUACUAUUAUUAUUAGUAUUAUUGUCAUAAACAUUGGUGGUGUUGUUCUUUUUAAUAACACAAAUCUGGCCCUCGGGUUUGGGGAUUUUAUAUUUUGAUCCACUCUGUAUGUAUUUAUGAAUGAGAGGGAUGCCCUUUCAGUUUGAGCAGAAGGGGUUGUUUGAAAUAGCACAAGGAGGAGUGUUUUGGAAUAAUAUAAACAACAAGUAUUGGAGCAAAGAAGAACAAGAGGAACUUCUUCUUUAUAGCUUUGCCAACAACAUCAACAACGAACCCACUUCGGUUCUUCAUAUGAGAAGAAGCCCCAGUCCUCCCACUUCGGCUUCCACUCUCUCUUCCUCUUUUGGCGGCGGCGGAGACACCGUAGGCGGCGGAGGCGGCGUGGCUACAGUACUUCAUCCAGAGACACCGGCCGGGCCCACCACCACGACCAAAGACGAGUGGGCGUCGGAGCUUCAGCCGAUCCCGGAAAGAUGCGGUGGCCUUGUUGUUGGUGGUGGGGGGAUGGAGGAUUGGGAGACCAUGUUGUCGGAAACAACGGCGGUGGCGGCGGCGUCUCCGGGGGGCCCACAAGACCACUCCCUCCUCCGCUGGAUCGCCGGGGACGUUGUCGUCGACGACCCUUCCUUCGGCCUCAAACAGCUCUUGCAGACCGGCAACAUCAACAACAACAACAGUCCUCUUGAUUUCGACGGCAAUGCCGGCUUCGGAGUGGUGGAUUUCGAUCCGAGUUUAGGGUAUUCUGGUUCUGGGUUUGUAAACAGCAGCAACAACAAUAGUGGCAAUGGUGGUGGGAAGAUUAAUGUUGGGUCAUCAAUAGCACCGCCAACGAGCUCUUCUGGGCCACUCAAUUACAAGGUUGCUACCACUACCGUUGGCUUCACCAACAACAACUGUAAUAUUGGGCAAAACCCAAUCUUGUCUAAUGGUCUCCCUCUGCCUCCGGGAAUGAUUUAUCCUCCGCAGUCGUUGGACGAGAAGCCGCAGAUUCUGAAUCCGCAGAUGCUGGGUCAAAACCCAAGCUUUCUGCUGCCAUUAAUAGAGCAGCCGCCCCAACAGAAGCGCCACAACUCCGGCGGCGUAAUUAUGGCAGCAGUAGACCCACCACCGGCACCAGCCUCUCAGAUCCCCAAAGUCCCGUUUUGCGAUCCGGGGCACGAGUUCUUGAUGAUGAGGAAGCAGCAGCAGCAGCAGCAGCAUCAACAUCUGGGUAAUAGUUUUGUUCCUCAGGGGAUGAUGAUGAUGCAGUUUCUUCCGAAGCAAGAGUUACAGCAGCAGCAACAACAACAACAACAUGCUUUGCUGGACCAGGUGUAUAAGGCGGCAGAGCUGAUAGGGACAGGGAACUUCUCACACGCGCAAGGGAUAUUGGCGCGGCUCAAUCACCACCUCUCCUCCCCAUUUGGAAAGCCCCUUCACAGGGCAGCUUUCUACUUCAAGGAGGCUCUUCAAUUGCUCUUCAACAACAACAACAUUAACAACAAUUCCAACAACACAAUCUUCCCUCCACCUCCCAGGUGCCCUACUCCCUUUGACGUCAUUUUCAAGAUGGGAGCUUACAAGCUCUUCUCCGAAAUCUCCCCUCUCAUUCAGUUCCUCAACUUCACCUCCAAUCAGGCCCUCCUUGAAGCCCUCUCCGAUUCCGCUACCAUCCACAUUGUCGAUUUCGACAUUGGCUUUGGUGCUCAAUGGGCCUCCUUUAUGCAGGAGCUUAACAGAGGUGUAGGAGGAGGAGGAGGUUCAGCUACUCCGUCCCUCAAGAUCACCGCUUUCGCCUCUCCCUCCACCCACCACCCCGUCGAGCUUGCUCUUAUGCGCGACAACCUCGCCCAGUUUGCCGCUGAGAUUGGCGUGGCAUUCGAUCUUGAAGUUGUUAACUUUGAUUCCUUGGAGCAGACGUCUUACUCUAUGCCUGUUUUUCGUGCCGAGGGUGAAGUUAUAGCGGUGAAUUUUCCUAUUUGGGCGGCGUCCAACCAACCUGCGGCUUUGCCUAAUCUUCUCCGGUUUAUAAAGCAGCUCUCCCCGAAGAUUGUGGUGUCGUUGGACCGAGGUUGCGAUCGGAGCGACCUUCCAUUCCCACAACACAUCCUGCAGGCCCUGCAUUCCUACAUUAACCUGUUGGAGUCGUUGGACGCCGCGGUUAACGUGACAUCGGAUGCUGUAAACAAGAUUGAGAAAUUCUUGCUCCAGCCCAAGAUUGAGAGCACCGUCCUGGGGCGCCUCCGAGGUCCAGUACCUGACAAAAUGCCGCUCUGGAAGACGCUCUUUGCCUCUGCUGGCUUCGCGCCCGUGACAUUCAGUAACUUUGCCGAGACUCAGGCAGAAUGCGUUGUGAAAAGAACUGUGCGGGGUUUCCACGUGGAGAAGCGUCAGGCAUCUCUUACGUUGUGUUGGCAACGUCGGGAGCUCGUAUCGGUUUCGGCUUGGAGGUGCUGUUGAUCGGAAGGAUAAGAAGAGAAGCAGGAGGGGUGUUGGUUUCUUUUAAGCAAGCCCAGAAUUUUAUCAUCGCCAGAGGUUCCAACUUGUUACUUUACUCUGAUGAUAUGAAGUCGAGAAAAUAAUACUGUUUGAAACUAUGUUCUUGGUCACCUCUGUUAUGAUUUCAAAUCUUUUGUGAAUUUAUCAUCGUGAUUGUUAGUCAUCUAGUGUGUCAUUAUCAAUCUAUCUAUCUAUCUAUCUAUCUAGCUUAGAUAAACAAACUAGCAUUUUAUGUUUGAACAUUUCAACAUCUAACGGGGAAGUUUAGAGUCCUAUUCUUCUUUUGGCCUUGCAUAUGACUGGCUAAAAUACUUUGAUAUUCUAAUGGUGAGAAAAUGCAUUUUGUUAUGCUUGUGAUGAUUAUGAUCUGUUGUUGUACACUUUUCUAUAACUGACAACUGAAAU